UUUUGGUUGAGAUGAGUCGACUGCUGCAUGAUCACAACAAUGGUGCUUCUGGAUCUCCAGCACCAGCACCACCACCCUUCUCACCAUCAUCCUCGUCAGCAUCAUCAACAAGCAUGCCCAUCCCAAUUGCCGCUGGCAGCGCGCGCCAUGCUCAGUCGCAUCACCAUGGAUUCGGUUUGUCGGCGCCAACCACAACGGGAGGUUCGUCCUGGGGCGGCACCUCAAGUCGCACAAACGGAACUCCCACUGGCUCGCUGGGCGCCGUGAGUUCGCCAAUCUUCCCGACCAUCCUCGGACCAGCGAGCGCGGGCCUGCGCUUUGAGGUCGACGGCAGCGGGAGCAGCGGUUUCAGCGGCUUGCCAUCGACUUCUCCGCCCGCCGCCGCUGGCUCUGCUGCAACAACCAUCACUCACGCUCAGGCAAGUGCGACGACGAAUGCUGGCUCGCCUUAUAUUGUGAACAGCCCAAUCACGCACGCAGUGGCGGUCGAGCGAGCUGGCUCAGCAGCUCCCAUGACCUCUGGCGGGAACGAGUCUUCCAAUCUCAGAGCGUCGCUGUCUCAGCCAAAGCGCGUCUUGGAGGUGAUACUGCCACUUCCGCCGUCGAGUGGCACUCAUGUCGCACGAGGAUUGUCGACAGAGCAGCUCGUUGUCGGAGGAUUGCCAGAGUCAACAAUGCUCAGCCGCGCUCAGACGCCCGUUUUGGAAGCCGAUCCGCAGCUCCCCUCGCCGCCCCUUCCUCCAGGUCGCGUGCGAAUCGCCUACAACCCCCAGUCCACGUCGGAAGCAAUGGAUCGGAUGAUUCGAUCUCAAUGCAAAAUCAAGCGAGAUCACGAAUACCACCUCGAAGAUGCGGAUGGCGACGUAGUCGUGAUUGAAGGAAGCAUGCGCGAGGGUGUCUACACACUCCGUAUGAUUGACACGAACAGCGGUCCGGAUGAAUCAGAAAGCGACGAGGAAAGCAUUUCGGUCGCGCGCACUGCUCCCUUUGGCGCAAAAAUUCAUCACACUCGAGGUCAUGAGUUUGUUGCAAAGCAUUUCCACGCCAUUGAACUAUGCUAUCACUGUCGCAUGCCACUUCUAGGGCUUGGCAAACAAGGCUACAUCUGUCUGAAGUGUCUGACGACGUGCCAUAAAAAGUGCCACGCGGAAUACUCCAUUCCAUGUGGCAAAGAGCCGGGUGAUUUGGAGUUCAAGUGCGGCGCCUGUCGCAACUACUACACAGAAGACGAAAACAGCGACACUGCGUGUGCGCACCAUCCUCAUCUUCACCAGAAGAGUGGCGUCUGCUCGAGGUGCUAUCUUCCCUGGAACAAAACAAACGGCUGUGUGUUGGGUCGCCAUCGGCCGUUGUUGAGUCAUGGCAAGAAACUGAUACGCAAGAACGUUGUGGGCAAAGGAUUCAAUCAACUGGCCACGCAACUCUCCAUCGAUACAAACAUCUUUCGCAAGUUUGUUCGCUCAAUGUCCUUGACCAAGCCCGGUGCUUCCGCUGCCAUUGAGGAGGAUGACGGGGACGAGGAAGAUUUGGAGCCAGAACCCGUGACCGAUCCUGGUCCCGAAAUUCCCCGCGUUCGGUGUGAUUGUACCGACCACUACAAGGUCGCCUUCUUUGCUCGAGAUUUUCCCUGCAGCGUGAGCGAACUGUUUGAACUCGCAUUUAGCUCGCCAGAAGCGCUGGUCGACGUCGAGGUCAAUGCACUAGUGAGCUUUAACAAUGUCUCCACCACGCCGUGGCAGCACAACGUUGGCGAUGCAUUGCUCAGUGAAUCCCGCAAGCGGACGUUUACAAUGCCGCUUGUCGGACGUGGCCUUGGCGGUUUUGGUCUGGCCAAAACGACGAUUUGCCACCAGAACCAGCAUAUUAUUUGGAAACACGACCGAAAUUGCUUUUGUCUGGAAGUGGCGUCCGUCACACCAGACCUUCCCAUGGGAGAUUCGUUUGUAAAUCUGACGCGAUACUGCGUUAGCGCCAACUCGCGAUAUUCCUGCCAUGCGUUGGUGGCUGGUGAAGUGAAAUUUCUCAAGAACAUCCGCGGACAAAAUUUGAUUGUGGCUAAAUCCCACGAGGGAAUUCGCUCGUACUUGCUGCAGUGGGGAGCCGCAGUGACUCGGCACGUGACGAUAAGGCGGAACGGCAGGCUCGGCACCCCAUCCAGCACUCAGUCUCUGGAUAUGAUGGAGUCCGCCAGCAACAUGGCUUCGAGCUCUGCUCAAGCGUCGCUCGGCAUUGACGAGGAAUUUGAGCGCGUCCUGCCCAGCUGGCUGACGGCCGUGUUCUUGUAUGUCAUUGUCGGUCUGCUCGCUUCAUCCAUCAUCAUGUACAUCCGGAUUGCCGAACUAACCAGCGCCAUUGACCUGAUGGCGCACGACCUGUAGUAGUAGUAGUUGUUGUUGUUUGAAUUCACAUCUUGAUACUGUAUUUAUGCUGAUCGUAUUGUUCAGAGAAGAAAAGAAAAAAUGAAC